AUGGAUAGAAAGCCUUAAAAAUAAUUUACAUUAGAUACUUCUAAUGAUGAUUGUCGUCUAAGGGAUGAUUAAGAUUUUUCAGAUGAUGAUAAAGCAAAAUCAAAAAAGGUGGAUUUUAGAAGUAAAUAAACUAAAAAGCUGGAAAAACAAUUAAUAAAAUUAGAUAAAGUUUAGAACUCUUAGUAACCUGUGAGUAUGGAAAUAUAUUAUUUACUCAAAUUCUAAUAGAACUUAAUUUAUUAAGUUACAAGCCUUCAUACCAGAAUUAUGAGGAUUAUUGAGAGCUAAUUUGAUUAUUCCACAUUAUUAUGA